ACAACUGCGCCAGAUACACGAGGUGCGCUACUUGUGUUCUCACAGACUCAUGAGCAUUUAUAAUAAUGUCAGACAAGAUUGAUAAUCUGCGUUGCUUUUCUCAACCGCUUAUUCAUUUAAAUGGAACAAACAACCUGACUCCAGUAUCACUGCCAACUCUCAGUUUACUAAACGACAAUUCCCGAAACAGUGUUAACUUCGAUAAAAUUCACCUUUCUCUUAGCGUACUAAGAUUAGACCCGGCAGACCGCGCAGUAAUAAAAAUCGCAGAUGAACGUGAUGCAAUACAAAAGAAAGCCUUCACCAAUUGGGUCAAUCAACAUUUGGUUAAGCGUAAUUGUUGGGUUCAAGAUUUAUUUUUGGACUUACGUAAUGGAUACUUAUUAGUACGUUUAUUGGAGUGUUUAACAAAUGAAGUAUUGGGACUUGAAUACAUUGAAAGUCGUGUCCAUUGGAUACAAAAUAUUCAACGUGUAUUAGAUUUUCUUCGAUAUCGUGGGAUUCGCAUAGUGAAUAUUCGUGCAGAUGAAAUCGUCGAUGGUAAUCCCAAGUUAACACUAGGCCUUAUUUGGAUUAUAAUUUUACAUUUUCAAUUGGCUGAAUUGAUUGAAAAUCAGUCAAAAUUACAAUCGGAUCUUCGUGUUAAUUUAUCCAUGGAUAAUGCGGCUAAACAAACAUUACUUAGUUGGUGUCGAGCAGUCACAGCAAAUUAUCCAGGUGUAUAUAUAAAAGAUUUUACUGAAUCAUGGAAAGAUGGUCGUGCAUUCCUUGCUUUAAUUCAUCGUUAUAGACCGGAUUUAAUUGAUUUUCGUCAAGUUGAUCGUCAAUCUACCCGUGAAAAUCUUGAUUUAACAUUUGACUUAGCUGAACGUGAACUUGAAGUUACUCGUUUAUUUGAUUCAGAUGAUAUUGCCAAAACAACUGAUGAACGAUCGAUUAUCACUUAUGUAGCCUCAAUUUAUGAUAAACUAGUAUGUAAUUCAUCAAAACAUUCAUUAUAUCCAGUACCAAUUGUACCAGCUAUGCCUUCUUUAUAUCAUCAUGAUCAAAAUUAUACUAGUAGACCAAUCGAUUCAACUUUUCAACUUCUUAGUGCUUCUAAUCAACUUUCAGAUGAAUUAAAAUCACUUUGGUCAGAUUAUCGUAUUUUAGGUAGUGAUCUAAUACAGUGGUUACGAUCAACUACUGAUCGUAUGGCUAAUCGUCAUUUUCCAUCAGAUUUAAAAUCAAUGCAAGAACGUGUUAUGGAUGAAAUACGAAGACAUAGACGUGAUGAACGACCAAGAAGAGAAAGAGAACGUCAACAAUUAGUUCGUAUGUAUGAAGAAUUAAAGCCAUCUAUUGAACGUGGUUUACUACCAAUUGAUUUAUUCCUUCGAAUUGAACAAAUUCACCGACUAUGGGAUGAAUAUGAUAUUGCUUUACAAGAACGUGAAUUGGCUGCAAGAAAUGAAACUCAUCGUUUAGAUCGUUUACAAUGGGCUGGCAAUCGAGCUUUACGUGAUUGUAUUCAAGUCCAAGCACAAUUGACUGCUUUAGAACGGCGAGUUGUUGAGUUAAAAUUUGAACUACCUCGUCAGCAUGUAUUCGAUACCAAUAAUGAAAUAAGACGUUGGUGUGAUCAACUAACUCAAAUUGAAGCCAAAAUCAAUGGAUUAUUCAAUCAAGUACAACAUUUACGCACUGGACGAUAUAUGCAAACAGAAAAAAUUUAUAGGAAUGUUUGUACAUUACACCAGAAAUUCUUAGAUCUUCAACGUUUAUAUCGAGAAUUUACAUCUUCUUCAACGGUAUUAUCACCACCUAGUGUCGUCUCUAGUUCUGUUUGUUCAACAUCUAUGACUAUGUCGAAUCACUCUACAUUCACAUCUCUUAAAAAUGGUACCAUUUUGGAAAAUGCUCACCUUAUUCAAGGUAAAUUAAUUAGUCCAAUCGAACAAUGCUUACAAUGGAUUAUGGAACAUGCUCACACCGUACAAACUGCUUCCUAUGGAGCAAAUCGAAAAUCCGUAGAAGAAGCUACUAGGCGUCAUGAACAAUUUCAUCGAGAAGUGUUGAACUUUAAGAACGAAAUCGAUCGAUGCAAAGCUAAUCAACAAAAGCUUCCGACACGAUCAAAAGAAGAAAAACAAGUUCUUAAUGAAUCACUUCAAAUACUUGAACAAAAUUAUCAACAACUAAUGGAAGCUUCAUUAAAACGUCGAAAUAUGUCGAAGUCGUUAUUGGAAUUUGUUGAACGUGCCCAUAAUGAAUUAAUUUGGUUAAGGGAACAUGAAUCAUGUGAGGUGACUCGAGAUUGGACUGAAAUUUAUCAUAACGAACUAGGUCGUAUUCGAAUUGAUUUCCAAAAACUUAUGCAUGAGAUACAUGAAAAAGAAAUUGUCUACAGUGAACUCAGUGUACUAGGCUCAUCUAUCCAGUUGGAAAAUUUUGAUGUAACUGAUCUUGUACAGACUUAUCUAAAUGCUUUGGAACGUCAUUGGGCUUGGUUAUUACAAUUAACCUAUUGUUUUGAAGCCCAUAUUGAACAGAGUUCACGAUUUCAAAGUUUUUUCAAUGAUGUUGAACAAUGUGAAUUAUUACUAACUACAUCAUUAGAAGAAUUACGUUCCCUUUAUGAAUCAACGUUAAAUGCAACAACAACUGAACAAGGUGAAACUCUUCUCAAACAAUUACAAGAACUUCAUACUCGAGUAAUUGGUCAAGAGUCAUUUAUAUUUCAAUUAGUAGACAUAAGUCAAGAAAUUAUCCCACCAAUACCAAGUCACGUGGAUGCACAAGACAGUUCAACAACUUUGAUUGGUCGACGUAUACGUGUUCUAUGCUCAUUCCAACCCAAAGAUUAUUUCUCCGAUAAUCAAUCCUAUUCCGGUGAUGUAUCGAUCGUUACUUCCGCCAAUACAAGUCAUUUAUCGAUUGCAAACGCAAGUAGUAGUAGUAUUAUAGAGCCAAUAUUUUGGCCAGUUGGCAACAAUACAGGUUAUUUUGAUAAAGGUGAUUUUUUCAUAAUAUUGGAAAAUCCAGAAAAUCAUAAGCUUCAGGUUCGUACAGCUAAUGGAUCUACACUAACUGUUCCUUUGACAUGCUUUUUACCUUGUUGGCCUAGUAGUGAAGCAAUGGAUCGAGCUAAACGUAUUAUUACAACUUUACAACAUUUUAAAACAUGUUGGUCUGAAUUGAAUUUACGAAUACAUGGACAUUUAUUAACUGUAACAAUGUCUAAAUUUAUUGAUGGUGCACCUCUUCAGAAUAAUACUCCACAACAAAUGGAUAUACGAAAAGUAAUCUAUCGUGAUGCCGAACGUUAUUGUUUAGAAUUGCAGCUAGGUAAUGCACCAGCGACAGAAGUGGAGAAAUUUAAGCAAAAUUUUCUAGAUUUUCAAAAUAGUUGCAUUAAACAGAUGAAUGGUGUUCAAACUAAUGAUGACAAGACUGGUAUUGGUGAUGAAGGUUUAUUGACUAAAUCAUCAGAAAUUAAUUCACUUAUGGAUGAACUGAGAACAGUGUUGAGUACGUUGACAGUACGUCUUAGGGAGUCGAAUUCAAUACCCUUACCAGGUAGAUCAAUAGAUAUGGAAGUUCGUAUUAAGGAUCACAAGGAAUGGUCUCAUGCUUUAGCUCGUGUUCGUGCUCAAUGUACAGAAUUAGAAGAACAUAUUAAUAAUCAGUUACAAUCACGAUCGUUGAAUGAACAAGAUACACUGUUGAGUACAAGUCUUUAUGCUCUACAUAGAGCAGCUAGUGAACUAGCACUAACUGGUCAUGAAUUUUCUUGCCGAUUGGCUGAUGCUGACGCAUGGAUCGCUCGUUUAGAACAAACAGAUCAAAUACUAACGGAUUGUGAAUUGUGUCUACUAGGUUGUGCAGUUCGUGUACAUGGUCUAUUACAACUUGAUGAUUUGAAUAGUUCAACUGAUCCAGAUGGUCUUCGUGUUACAGUGGUGGAAAGAGCUCAUCGAGAUUUAAAGUCGGUAGCUGAGCGUCUUCCUCAAAUUCGAUCUGAUCUAGAUUUACUUAGUCAACAAUUAACUAGAUUUAUGGUUUCCAAUGAGGCAUUUAACGAAACGCUCCAGUAUGACACUACUAACCUAUGUGAGAAUUCAAACCUGUUAAAGAUGCAUUUAUCACCUUGUACUGAUAAUCAUUAUUUAGAAUCAAAUCUUGCUUGUUCUGAACAUCGUCUAGCUGAAGCAACUAAAGAAGUUGAACAAGAACUUAAAUCAUUUGGUGAAUCACUGGUCUGUUUCUCAAACUAUCAAAAGUUAUCCAGUCAACUUAUUGUAUGGUCAAGUGAAUUCUCUUCUCGUAUGCGAUUAUUUGGUGAAAUGGCUCAGUCUUUAGGAUUAAAAUCAUCCAAUACAAAUAUGAUUACUGUACAAAACACUAGUUUGUUAAAAGAAAUUCUCAAACAAUCUGAUGAUUUACUAACAGAUUUACAAGUUAAUUCAGAUGUUAUGGAACAAUUGAAUAAAGAAGUAGCUCAUUUAAUAUCUUCAUUAACUAAUUAUGCGCAACAUACUCAAAAUUAUCGUGAAUUAGUUGAGAGUGUGUUUCAGAAAGCUGGUGGGUCACGAGAUUAUCAAUGGUCACCAGGAUAUGGUUUAUUUGAUAUGGGUAGAGUAUUACAAACAGCUGAUCAGUUGAAUGAACAAUUUAAUACACAUUCUCGUCGUAUAUAUGAUAUAGUGAAUUGUUUAAAUCGGAUUCUGCGAUCCGAAGAACCUAUCUCUAUGAAUUUAUCUGGUCCAAUUUUUGUAAAGCCUUAUCGUGAACUAUACAUAGGCAAAUGGCCAAAUGAAUUAAACAAUUGUUUAAAGGAAACUCAACCGUCUUUUUCUCCCUUAGUAUCACGAUCAGAGUAUCAAGAAAAUGGAAAAGGCCACACAUUACCAUUAAAAGUCGCAAAUAAUUCAAAAGAUAAAAACCAUUCAGAUUUAUCGUAUUUUAGUCAACUAAUCGGGGAAAAAGGACUCAAAUAUAGUGUUUAUCUUAAUGAUGUGCGAAGUCAACCGGUGUGUUUACUCCCAACUGGUUGGGAAGCAGCUACAUUGACUACAAUAUCCAAAGCACGUGAAUUAUAUGGACCAAAAAUUUUUCCAACUACUGGCGCAUGGUUUGUGACUAACUUAGCUGGUGAAAAUGAAACAUAUGGACUUGGGGAAACUAUUUGCCUAGGAGAUGCACUACGAUGUGGAUUAAUUGAUUUAGUUGGGCAUAACUGUCAUCAAAAUCGAAGUUCACUUGCCAUUUCCUGGUCUGAAGCUAUUGAUCGUGGCUGGUUAACUGCCUAUACUAUUCAGGCUUUAAAUAGAAAUAUAAAAAUUGGUGAUUAUAGUGCAUCUGUAACAGAUUUUCUGACUGGUCCUUCGCGUAACCCUAUCGAUCGUCAUAUCGACCCAAAGACUGGUGUAGUCAUGCCAUAUGGCAAAAAGAUUAUUGAUUUAUACUCAGAUGGAUUCAUAAAUGAGGCAGAUUUUCAUCAUUUAGCUUCUAUUCUAUCAAGUGGCAUGUGUGUAGAAUUUCGAGAUUGUCACUUGACAUGGUAUGAAGCCCUAAACAUUGGUCAAGCAGAUAUAUCUUGGAAACCUUGUCUAUCUGAUUGGUUAGCUGCUGGUGCGUACAAUCCAAAUACACGACGUUUACGUGUCAGUUUACUAAAGUUUGGAAAAGGUAAUAGCAAAAGUAAGGCAUCGAAUAAUUCAUUAGUGUUCACUGAAAAUGAGUUAACAAUCAGAGAUGCAAUUAAAAAUGGACUUUUGGACAAUACUGUCCCAGAAGUCAUUGUCCCUAUUGAAAACCAGGUGGGUGGUUACCAUGCUACCUCUUAUCGACGUGUCAGUCUGUCUGAAGCUGUUCAAAUAGGUCUUGUUGAUGAUGUAUCUGGUUAUUGGCUCGGAUUAAGUUCAUCUUCCAGUCGAAUGAAGGUUGGUGUGGAAGUGGCUCAAGCUGCUGGCUUAUUAACUAAAGCUCCUUGUCUAGCUGAAAUUGUUUUAUCUGGUCUAUUAUCGUUCACUGCUCCGAACAUAAGCGAAAAACAUCCUAGAAACAAUGUGGGCAUUCUUGAUGCACAUACUGGUCAAUAUGUAUUGUUUCCAGAAGCAAUUAAACGUGGAAUGAUAGUUGGAAAUCAACCAGCCAUAAUUCUUAUGCAAUCCCAACCUAAUCAAGUAUUGACUUUAGUCGAAGCUCUGAAUACAAACCUAAUCACGCCGUCAGGAUUUAUAAUUUUGGAAAAUAAACCUAUGAAUUUGUGGGAUGCAGUUAACAAUAAUUAUAUUCGACUUAUAUAUACUAAAUCGUAUCCACCGCCUGUAGGUUUAUUAUUAGGUACUAAGGAAUCAAAUCAGGUGUAUCGUCAACAUCCUAUAUUACAAGCUAUUCUUACAGGACUAAUUGAUUCGUCGAAAGAGAAGAUUGUUCUUUCUAGCACAGACCCACAUCAACACGGUACAAGUUCUUCGCAACAACGUAUCUCUUUAAGAAAAUCGGCUAAGCAUUCAGGAUUGUGUGACUUACACUCUAUACAGUUAUUAACUCAAGGAUGUGGAUUAUUCAAUGAAGAUGGUCGUGAGCUAACUGGUUUGGAAGCACUUAACUCUGGUUGGUUAAAACCAUGUGAAGAUUUUCAAAUUGGUUCAACUAUAACAUAUGGACAAAUAACAGAUCCUAUUAGUGGAUCUUCUAUAAUAUUAUCGCCAAAUAUGAAGACAAUGAAAAAUAUUGAUAUAUCACCAGUUGGGGCUCAAUUACUGUUAGGCUUAUCUAUCAAUCGUCCUUCUUUGGCUUAUUUAAUUAAUCAACGCUUUAUAACACGUUUAGGAUGGCUUGGUCCAGGUUUACAUAGUGAUAAUUUAAUAAAUAAAACACUGAAUGAUUCAUGGUUUACACAUAGUUGUCGAUCUGAUGAUAUAUUAGAUGUUAUAGAUCCAAUUAGUAGACGUAAGAUCACACAAUCAGAAGCGAUUCGCCGUCAUCUAUUGGACAUGGAAACUGGUACAUUUCGAGAUCCUGUUCAUAAUCAAAUCUAUCCAAUUAGUGAAGCAAUAGAAAGAGGACAUAUCUUAGUGAAAGAAAAAUCUCUUAUGGGUAACACGUCAUCUGUACCCAACUCACUUCAUUCAGAAGUAAAUGAAUCAGUCGAAAUGGUUUCUGUCAAAGAGACUCGUUUAUAUAAGAUUUUAAAUGUUCUCGAUCCUCUUACCGGCACUCGGAUUGAUCCAAACGAAGCUGCUAAGAAAGGUCUUAUCAAUCUGGAAUCUUUCACAUACCAUGGUGUACAACCAAGUAUUCCAAUUGAAUCAGCACAACAAUUAGGUUAUAUAUCAAUUUACGGCAAUAAUUAUGAAGCCUCUCACGAUAGUCUUAUGGUAGAUUCUACAGAUAAGUUAUCAUAUACUUUAGUUCAAUUAUUUAAUAAUGGUCAACUAGUUAAACAGUCCGGAUCGAAAUGUGUUAUCAAAGUCCCAGGAUACACAGAUCCAAUGUCUUUAAAUGCAGCUAUUACAUUGGGUUUAGUUAAUGUCGAACAUUCGAUAGUGAAAGAAUUUAACACAGAAAAAUUUUAUUCAUUGGAUAAAGCUAUUUCAGUUGGUUUAAUAAAUGAUCAUAAAGGUGUUUUAUUGUAUAAAAAUAAAUGGAUUCCAUUGACUGAUGCUAUAAAUCGAUGUUUAAUAGCUGAUAAAAAAUUACCAACAGAAAUACCAACUUUUGAAGAAGCUCUUGAGAAAGGAUUAAUUGAUCCAGCCUCAAAUACUUUUCAUCAAUCAGACAACACUAGUAAUUCUAAUCGGUCGAAUUCUAUAAAUAUUCAUGAUGCUAUUAAACAAGGAUUAUUGAAACCUCCGGCUGCUGAAACUUUUCUCGGAAAUCUCAAUGGUUUACCAAAUAAAGGAUAUACUCAUAGUAUGGAUUCCUUAUUAGCUAUUAAAAGACGAAGUGAGAAAGAUUCCAGUUAUACUGCUGAAUUACGCAAUAACACAUUACCUCCUGUCAUACCAUCUGGCCAUUUAUUAAGUAAUGGAAACGAUUUUAUUGCUAACAGUGGUCGUACUGAAUCAAGAUUCAUUAAAUUCUUAGAUUGUCAUGGUGUUGGACGACUACGUGGUAAAUCAUCUCAUUGUAAUUUACGCUCAAAAUCUACAGUAAAUGAUGGAGAUGAAUAUACUAUUCGUAAAAAACCUAAAAUAAAAAGUUGUGAUAUACCUAAAUUAAAAGAACGCAACUGUGUACUUUAUGCUUUCUAUUAUCUACAUGAUGAUGUACGUGUUGAAGCCUCUAUCACCGAUACGAUGGUUCGUGAAGGUCGUGUUGACGUGCAUAGAAAAACUAUUUGUGAUCCAAUCAGUGGACAAUUCUACCCUAUUCCAGAAGCAUUAACAAAAGGUUUUGUUUUCGGUAUUGUUUUUACUCAAGCUGAACAACAUUUGGAAAAUGAUCAGCGAACAUCUAAUUCUUUAUAUUGGUUGGAAGUAUUUCAUUAUCGUCAUGAUAUAUAUCGUUUAGAAAGAGUGUUUGAUCCUUAUUUGAAUAAUUUAGUUUCAGUAUCUGAUGCAAUUGGGACUGGUAUUAUUGAUCCUAUUCAUUGUUCAUAUACUCAUCCAGUAAGCGGAAAUUUAUAUUCAAUCGAAGAAGCUUUGUAUCAAGGCUGGAUACAAGCAUUGCCCGUUGGUAAUCCACCACCAUUUGAUUUAAUCGGCAGUUCAUUUGAUCACGUCCAUGUACGUACAGUUGAAGAAACUACCAUUUUUACAAGAUCUGUACAUACUAUACUUCGUGGUAAACAACUUCAAAAUAAUAUAAAUAAAGAAAUCUGUUCAACUGAUCAAAAAUCUGUGCAUAUUUCACCACAGACGACAUUAAAUGUACAACGUCAAAUACAAUGUAAAACACCACCAAGUUAUCGACCUAAUCAUCGGAUACUGACAGAUUCUUCUAUUAGAUAUCAACUGAAAUCAGACCAUCAGAUUACCUCAGCUGAAAGUAAUCACAAUAUGAAAAGUGAAAAAUCUGACGUUUCGACAUAUUCACAUCCUAAUGAACAACACUAUAGUGAUCGUAAACAAGAGGUGAAUAAAAAUACUAAGGUACGUUUAUUGACAACUUAUUUCUUGUUUUACUUCAAUUUAUAUAAAUAUUCAAAAACUACUCAACACAGGGACAACAGCAGUUUGUCAGCCAUCACUGAAAUACAUAUGUUUAUAUAAGUAGUACAAAUCAAUUUCACCAUGUACUAUGAUUCUCAUUUUAAAUUAUUAAUAUAGUUCUUGUAAACAUUUUUACAUAGUUUUAACAGAGAAUUUACUUUUUACUUUUAUGAGAACAAUAUUUUAAUAUAAGUAGUAGAGAUUAAUUCAGUGAAUAUAUUUCUGUUUGGUGUUUCGUUACUAAAUACUCCAUUAGCCAUUAAGAAAAUACAUAAUAAAUCCUAAUUAGUUUUUAUUAUGGUCUGAUAUCAAAUAGUAUGUCAUUGGAAAUCACUGAAACUAUUGAGAAUUACACUUUUAUACUAAAUUUUAACAGUUUAUAAGAAUGUAUAUUUAUACGUAGAUUAUUAUCAUUAUUAAUUUAAAUUUCUAAGAUAGAUUCAUUUAACUGACUAACAUUUAUGUUACAAAGAUGAUUAAUGUAUCAAAACAAAAAUUCCCAGUUACAAUAAGAUUUAAACAAGUACUGUGGUGUGUGCUACUUAUGUAGACAUAAGUAGUAUAUGAUGUUAGUCGUGAACGGAAUGUCUGGCAGCAGAGAGACAAGAAGAUCGAGCAAUAAAGAAUGAAAACAGAAUGCAAUUUGUAUGAAAAUGCAAGAACAAUCAAGUCUGAGUCAUUUUGAGACAAUUGAUGGACAUUUUGCAAUUGAACAUUUACUAUAUGGAUGUUAGAUUUUAUUAACAAGUUCUGUAAUUAGUCGUCAAAUAUAUUCGAUUAUCCCC